AUGGCGGUGGAUUACGGCGUCCCAGUCAGUGGCCUCAGUGUUCUCUUUAGCAUGUUAAAGGCUCCUGGCUCAGACCUUGCCCCUCCCCCACGUCUAAAACCUUUAUUCCACACAAGCUCUUUAUCCGAGGAGGAGGAGCGCCAGGGCAACACCCUGUGUCAAAAGGCUCACUAUCUGACCUGCGGUAUACUGAAAGUCCUGAAGGAUUCUCUGCCCAAGCUUAAGGACCUGACAUUUCACAAGAAGCAGCUGGAGUACCUACGGCAGCUUGUGGAGGAUGAAGCCAACAGCACUGUAGGCCAGGAUGGCUCACUCUUGUCCUCCGCAUUCCUCAAGGGAUUCCUGGCAGGCUGUGUGGUGGCCAGAUUGAGGGCGUCAGCAGUGUUGGGCUUUGCGGUGGGCACUUGCACUGGCAUCUACGCAGCUCAGUCCUACGCUGUACCCAACGUGGAGAAGACGCUGAAGAACUACAUUAGUGUUCUCUCUGGUGAUGUCCCGCAGUUCUGCCCUCGGUUUCCUUCCAAUGUGUCCCAGUUCCUCUGUCCCUUGCUAGCUACACAGGCCACCCAGGGUCUCGUGUGGGCCUUGAGUGUAGAAGAUGGGGGUAUGCCAGGCCUUGCCCGUCCAAGACAGGCUCUCUGGACCGUGAUGCUAUUCCUGUCCACGGCCAUGUAUGGUGCCCAUGCACUUCUUACCCUGUGCCACGCGGAUGGCCGAGUGCCCUUCCGGCCCUCCUCAGCUGUGUUACUCACUGAGCUGACCAAACUACUCUUAUGCACCUCCUCCUUCCUGGUGGGCUGGCAAUCAUGGCCCCAGGGCAUACCACCCUGGCGCCAGGCUAUACCUUUUGCACUAUCAGCCAUGCUCUAUGGCGCCUACAACAAUCUGGUGAUCUACCUGCAGCGUAACAUGGACCCAGCACCUGGAAGAACAGCUCUGUUGUACUGCCUCUGCCUUGGACAUCGCCUCUCUGCAUGUCAGGGUUUGGCACUGCUGCUGUUGCUGGCUACAUCAGGAACACCCUUCCUGCCCCCACCCCCACCCCAUCCCAUGCCCUUGCAUAUCAAUCCACUGGGACUUGUGCUCCUCAUCUUGUACAGCCUUAUCUCCGGCCUGUCAUCGGUGUAAACAGAACUGGUCAUGAAGCGACAGCGGCUGCCCUUGGCUCUUCAGAGCCUCUUCCUCUACACUUUCGGGGUGAUCCUGAACCUUGGAUUCUAUGCUGGCAGUGGCCCGGGCCCAGGCUUCUUAGAGGGUUUCUCUGGAUGGGCGGUGCUUGUAGUGCUGAAUCAGGCAGUAAAUGGACUGCUCAUGUCAGCUGUCAUGAAGCAGGGCAGCAGCAUCACGCGCCUCUUCAUCUUGUCCUGCUCCUUGGUGGUCAAUGCCGUGCUCUCGGCUGCGCUGCUGCCACUCCAGCUCACAGCCGUCUUCUUCCUGGCCGCACUGCUCAUCCGCCUGGCUGUGUGCUUGUACUAUGGUAGCCCCUAAGGCCCUGACCGCCCCCACCCUCACUUGUGGCUGUGUAGAUUAGAUGCAACCACCAGAGCCACCUCCCACGUCAUCACCACACCCCACCCC